AUGCAGCAGCAUCCGCAGGUGCCGCUGCAGCACCAAUACCAGCAGCACCUGCUGCAUCAACAACAGCGCCCGCCGCCGUGGCAGCGGCAUCCACAGGGGGCCUUCUCUCCAGGGCCUCCUCGUUGGGAUCAGCAGGGUACAAGAGGAAGACGUGGGGGAGGACGUGGAAGGGGCCCUGGGCGCCACUAUGGCGGCCCUUCUAGGUCGCCGAUAUGCGGUGAUGACGUACAAAUCCCUUAUAAUGCCCUCUCAGACCCUUGGGAGGCCCUUAACGGCAAGAACGGAGGACCCUGCCCCCCAGAGGGCCCCACAGAGGAGAUAAUGGAGGCACUGCGUGCUGCAGUUGCUCGUGAGCAGAAGCUGCAUCAGCUGCUAGUGAAGAUGGGGGCACCUUUGUGUGCAGCAGAAGAGGAAACAGACAGCGCAAGUACCAUAGAAGAAGCCACAGAGGGCCCCCUCAACCGUGCAGAGGCGGCAGCCCAGCAGCAUCAACAGCAGCAACAGCAGCAGCCACAGGUGCUGCAGGUUGAACAGCCUAAUGAUGAUACAGACGUGAGCAAGGCAACGGGGGCCCCAUCUGGAGGGGACCCCGCCCUUGGCGCCGAAGGGGGGCCCCCUGUAAUGAGACACCGGUGCCCUUUGAUUCUUCCCCCACCUUCCUUUAGUUGCGAUGCUUUUCCUACUGCAGCAGAAGACCCUGAAGGUGCAGAGCCCCUGGGAUCCGAUCCCCUGGGAUCCAAACCCUUGGGACCCGAUCCCGUGGGUUCCGGUCCCCCAGGAUCCGAUCCCCGGGGAUCCGAUCCCCAGGGAUCCGAUCCCCCGGGAUCGGGAUCGGAUCUGUGUAUCCGGCUGGGCGCCCCUGGAGGCCCUCCUCGUCCCUUUACCCUCCCCGCAGUUACAAAAGGGGCCGCCUCUGGGGGCCCCUCAGGGGGCCCCUUAGAUGGUGGGGGCAUUCUGCGUUUGGAUGAGGAGGAGAUAAGGAAGAGACUAAGGACGCAGAAGUAG